GGUUACUCUCACUGCACCAGUGCCAUUAACAAACCUUAACAACGAUUAAUGUUUUGCUCUUGCUUUAUAUCACUUCCUUUCUCCAUCGCUCUUCGCAAUUGCGAAAACCUAGACCACAAUUAUGGACUCCAGUAACAAAAUGAAAAGCAAGAUCGAGCAAGACGAUGAUACGGAUCACAGAACGAAGAUGCUUCAUCAUGCUCUGAAGCAGCAAUCGAAAGCCGAUAUUCACUCUCGACUGAAACGCUCGCUCACGGAAAGGAAUUUCUCGUCUUCCUCGACUCCGUACGACAAUAGAGGCCAACCUGAAAAGAAGCACAGAAGCUCUGAGAAUUCUCCUCGCCAUGACUGCAAAACCGAAGGAGAAGAUGAACGGGAGGGGAAAGUGCAAGGAUCAGAGAGUGAUCAAGAAAGUGAAUUGAAGGAAACUGGUUACGUGGCGUCUCGAAGUGAGUCAGAGGAUGAAGAUGACUUGAAUGAUGGUAGUUCUGAUGACGAUGAACAGGAGGAGGAUAGUCAAGGGUCUGAAGACGAGGAAGAUUUAGUAGAACUUGGUAUGUUACCGAACAAGCUCGCUGUUGUUAACAUGGACUGGAGAAUUUUUAAGGCUUGUGACUUGUUUGGAAUAUUGACCUCGUUUCUGCCGAAAGACGGACGGAUUUUGUCUGUGGCAGUCCAUCCAACUGAAUUUGGAAUUCAGUGUAUGAAAGUGGAGAAAGUCCAUGGUCCUUUUGGUCUAUUUGGUAGUGAACAUAAGAACUGUGAUGGAGAAGACAUUGAAUUAACUUAUGAAGAGAAAUUGCGUGCUUAUGAGAAAAGUACACUCAGGUACAAUUAUGCUGUAGUGGAAUGUGAUUGCAGUAGAACAGCAGACCAUCUUUACAAAGCUUGUUAUGGACGUCAGUUUGAAGGAUCAUCAAUCAAGCUUAUUUUGAAAUUCAUUCCUGACAAUAUGGAAUUUCAAUAUCCACCACAGGAUGUUGCAACAGAGGUUCCUGCAAACUAUAAGGGUUUAGAUUUUUAUACCAAAGCACCACAGGUGGACAGAAAUGUUGAUCUUUCUUUGGAUGACAAGGCACCAAUUCCUGCAAUGACUUUUAGUCAAAAAUUUAUUGCUGAUCAGCUGGCUGAAUUGGAUCCGUCUAAUCCACUGCUCAAAAGGAGUGCUACAUAUGCUCUGCAAGUAUCACAAAGACAACAAAAUAAUAUUGAUGAAAGGGCAGCCGUGGCUAAUGGGGUAAAUAGUUCUGAUAUAGACCCUUUAAAGAAGAUAGAAGGGUCCGACUUUUCUUCAAUUCUUAGGGUACUUGAGAUGAAGUCAAAGCAUUUUGAGAUCAUUUUUAAAUAUUUGAAGUAGUUUAAUUUGCCUGUGUAAAAGUAUCGAUGUAAAACUUGACCCCUUUUAUUAUAUUACUGGAAUGAUUGUAAAAGUUGUAGAAUUCACAAAUGGUAUAAUACUUUUGGCGCGCACACACACACACACACACACAUAUAUAACAUGUCAUUGUACCAAAAAAUAUCAUGUAAUAUAUGUAA